UUAACAUUAUUAUUUUUGUGUACCAUACACUAUACCAUGCCACAACUUUCAUUUCCCCUUUAACAAACCGAAAAAAAGAAGUAGACUUCAUCAUCGCUAUCGCCACCGUCCGAGCAUUUCGCCUCCCUUGGGUUUUGCUUCUUUUCUGUGUUUUCCGGCAUCUGUCCGAUCUGGUUCUCGUCGAAGGGUUGGAUAAUUUUCUGGGCAAGUAAUUUAUAAUCUGUCCUUUUGGUUCUUUGUUUUUGUAUCUGUAAUUUUACCUUGUUUGGAGUGAAGAUUAUGAAGUUGGGUUUUAAUUAUUUUGGAUUGGAGAAGUAGGUGAUUUGAGGGGUAUUGGGUAUGUGGGUUGCUCUUCAUUGGAAUCAUGGGUGUGUGGGUGUGUUGUUUUUGGACUUUUGGAGAAGAAGUGAGGCUGAUUAGGUGAAUUUCACAAAGAAAUUUACUUUUUUGUUGAGUUAGAUUAAAUUUCUGAUCCUUUAGGCCAGAGGAACUGGGUUUUGUUUUACGUAUUUAUUUUUCUUGGAUUCUUACUGUUUUUUAUCUCAGUAUCGGGUUAGUUGGGAAAUUUUGGAUCUUUUGGGUAUUUGGACUUUGAUCCAUGGAGGCUAGAUUUGGAGGUGAAGCUCAAGCUCAUCAUUUUUAUGGUAUGAGUGCUGCUGAUUUGAGGGCAGUAGAGAAGAGAAGUCUAGAAUGGGAUUUGAAUGAUUGGAAAUGGGAUGGUGAUCUUUUUAUCGCUAGUCCUUUGAAUCCAGUACCAUCUAGUAACAUGAGUAGGCAAUUUUUCCCAAUAGCAACUGGAACGCCAACUAAUGGGAAUUCCUCAAAUAGUUCAUCCUCUUGCUCUGAUGAAGUGAAUCUGGGAAUUGAGAAAGGAAAGAGGGAGUUGGAGAAAAGAAGAAGGGUUAUUGUCAUUGAAGACGACAAUUUAAAUGAUGAAGGAGUGGGUAGCCUUAGUUUGAAGCUUGGUGGACAUGGUUUUCCAGUUAGUGAAAGGGAGAUAGGAAAUUGGGAAGGAAAUAGUGGAAAGAAGACCAAGUUGGUUGGUGGUAGCAUGAGCCGUGCUGUUUGUCAGGUAGAGGACUGUGGCGCCGAUCUGAGCAGUGCCAAGGAUUAUCAUAGGCGACAUAAGGUUUGUGAAAUGCAUUCAAAGGCCAGUAAGGCUCUUGUUGGAAAUGUUAUGCAGCGUUUUUGUCAGCAGUGUAGUAGGUUUCAUGUCCUGCAAGAGUUUGAUGAAGGAAAGAGAAGUUGUCGCAGGCGUUUGGCUGGCCAUAAUAAAAGGAGGAGGAAAACAAAUCCUGACACUGUUGGUAAUGCAAGUACAUUGAAUGAUGAACAGACCAGCAGUUAUCUGUUAAUUAGUCUACUGAAGAUACUGUCAAACAUGCAUUCUAAUAGGUCAGACCAGGUGACAGAUCAGGACCUAUUAUCUCAUCUUUUAAGGAGCCUUGCAAGCCAGUCUAUGGAACAUGGAGGAAAAAAACUAUCUGGGCUCUUGCAGGAACCUCGAGCCUUGCUGAAUGGUGGAACUUCAUUUAGAAAUUCAGAGGUAUUCCUGACUUUUAUUUUAAAUGCUUUAGGCCUUCUACGGUCCCUAAAACUACAUCUGAUAGUACCUUUUUCUGGGAUGUCACAGCGAGUUCUAUGCUCACAUGGUGCUAAUGGUCCAAAUGUACAAACCUCUUCUUCUAUGAAACCUAGCAUUCCGAACAACUAUCCAGCAUAUUCAGAAGUCCGGGACAGUACUGCUGUGCAAGUCAAGAUGAACAAUUUUGAUUUAAAUGACAUAUAUAUUGACUCAGAUGAUGGUGCUGAAGAUAUAGAGAGAUCGCCUGUCCCUACGAACAUGGGAACUAGCUCCCUUGAUUGCCCUUCGUGGAUACAGCAAGAUUCACAUCAAUCGAGUCCACCACAAACAAGUGGAAAUUCGGAUUCAGCAUCUGCCCAGUCACCUUCUAGUUCUAGUGGAGAUGCUCAGAGCCGUACAGAUCGAAUUAUUUUCAAGCUUUUUGGCAAAGAACCGAAUGAUUUUCCUCUUGUCCUGAGAGCUCAGAUACUGGACUGGCUAUCUCAUAGUCCCACUGACAUCGAGAGCUACAUUCGCCCUGGCUGUGUCAUUCUAACCAUUUAUCUUCGACAGGCUGAAGCUGCAUGGGAGGAACUAUGCUGUAACCUUAGCUCCAGCUUGAGUAGGCUUCUGGAUGUAUCAGAUAAUGCUUUCUGGAGAACUGGAUGGGCCUACAUUAGGGUGCAGCAUCAAAUAGCAUUCAUAUACAAUGGUCAGGUUGUUGUGGAUACGUCCUUGCCUCUCAGAAGUAACAACCAUAGUAAAAUCGCAAGUGUCAAACCCAUUGCAAUACCUGCAGCUGAAAGAGCUCAAUUUGUGAUUAAAGGAAUCAACCUGUCUCGGCCUGCCACAAGAUUACUAUGUGCAGUAGAAGGGAAGUAUAUGCUUCAGGAAAAUACUGAAGAAAUGAUGGAUGACAUUGAUAACAUCAACGCACAUGAUGAGCUCCAGUGUAUUAAAUUUUGUUGCUCCAUUCCCAUGGUGUCUGGAAGAGGAUUCAUUGAGAUUGAAGAUCAUGGUUUCAGCAGUAGCUUCUUUCCUUUCAUAGUUGCGGAGGAAGAUGUCUGUUUGGAGAUCCGCAUGCUUGAGGGUACAUUGGAAUUUGUUGGAACAGAUGCUGAUCUUGGUGGAAGUGGAAAAAUUGAAGCCAAAAAUCAAGCUAUGGAUUUUAUUAACGAAAUAGGUUGGCUUCUUCAUAGAAGUCAGUUGCAUUCUAGAUUGGGCCACUUGAAUCCUUGCACAGACCUCUUUCCUUUGAGCCGGUUCAAGUGGCUCAUGGAGUUUUCCAUGGACCAUGAAUGGUGUGCUGUAGUUACAAAACUCUUGAACAUACUGCAUAAUGGAAUUGUUGGCACAGGAGAGCAUUCAUCGCUAAACCUGGCACUAUCAGAAAUGGGCCUUCUCCACCGAGCUGUUCGGAAGAACUCUAGGUCUCUGGUGGAGCUUCUUUUAAGAUAUGUCCCUGAAAAAUCAGGACCUGGAAACAAGUUGCCAGUUGAUGGGAGCCAUGUGAACUUUUUGUUUAGACCGGAUGUUACAGGACCAGCAGGUUUGACCCCUCUCCACAUUGCAGCUGGUAAAGAUGGUUCUGAGGACGUGCUUGAUGCCUUAACUGAUGAUCCUGGAAUGGUGGGAGUUGAAGCAUGGAAAAAGGCUCAUGACAGCACAGGCUUCACACCUGAAGGUUAUGCUCGCUUGCGCGGUCACUACUCAUAUAUCCACUUGGUACAAAAGAAAAUUAACAAAAGACCAGCUGCGGGGCAUGUGGUGCUUGAUAUUCCAGGCACUCUCUCUGAGUGCAACGUUAAUCAGAAGCAAAAUGAAGGGGUGACUGCAAGCUUCGAAGUUGGACAGCCAGCAGUGAGAUCCAUUCAGCGAUCCUGCAAGCUUUGCCAUCAGAAGCUGGAUUAUGGAACGGCUGGUAGGUCUCUGUUGUACAGGCCUGCAAUGCUGUCAAUGGUGGCCAUUGCUGCAGUUUGUGUUUGUGUCGCCCUUCUAUUUAAGAGCUGUCCAGAGGUUGUUUAUGUAUUCCGUCCAUUCAGGUGGGAAUUGUUGGACUUCGGAACAAGCUGAGGUCCUUUUUCUCUCCAACUUGGAUGACAUAUGAUAGGUGGUGUGCAAUUAUAGACUGUAAAGUUGAGAUUUCCUGUAUAACCGGUGCUUUGGACAAGUUUCAGAUUCAUUAAUAUUAUUGACAUAUCUAUUUAACGUUUAA